UGGCUUGGCUUCCAUUUGAUGCUCAUCUUCCAGCAGGUGCCUCGGUCUUCCAGAGGCCAGUUUGGAUUCCUGUUUGUGGUUCAGAUUCUAGUGGGUUUCAAAACUCCAGGCUAAAGGUAAAUCUGAAAGAAAUACUGAACAUUAGGAAAUGAAAUACUGUACUUACUUGAACAGGAUCCUAGAGACAUGUCCCAUCCUCGACAAUGCUAUAUGAGUCGCAUAAAGACAUCACCAGAAGUAGUCAACAAUGUGGAGUGCGGAUUCAAAUGCUGCAGUCAGACUAUUCAGAUUGUAGUUCAGAUUGUAGUUCCUAUCCAACAUUUCUCAGACAAGACAGAGCUUUACAUCUCCAAGGUCAGAGGAGUGCAUCUGAAAGUACAUACAAAAUAGGAAAAGUCAGUAAAGCUCUGAGAAGCAUUAUAUUUUACAAGGAUCUUACUAAUGCAAUAACCCGUAAUUGCCUGCUGUUCACUCAUAUGGGUAAUGAGUAUAAACACAAAAGUGAAUACUAUGCCAGCAGUGUGAAACACUAACAAACCGCAUGCCUUUCAACAUUGCAUCAUACAAAUUGGAGUCAGUGUUUUCAAACAUCAUUUUAAGACAUUAAUUCUGUUUUAAAACUGUUUUAUAGUUUUAUACGUCCAUUCAGUGACUAUUAUUUGAUUUCAACAUGUGAUAGCAAAAUCUGUGCCCAGAUGAAAGUAGGACUCGGAAUAUAAGCAGAUUAAUAAAAAAUUUUCGUCAUAGUUUUGAAUACCAACACAUAAGCUGAUGUCACAAUUUUCACAGAUAGAGAAGAUACUUGGGUUUUGUUUUAAAGGAAAUCUCAACCCAGUUCUCUCGUACAUGUACAAUACAAAAUAUUUUGUACAUAAGUCAGAUAAUCAUGAGAGAAAAAAGUAAUAAAACAC